UUCCUGGAACAGGUCGGACUGGUUCAGAUGAUCUGAUGUAUUUUAGUCUCUGAAGGUAUGAGGAUGCGAUCAGACUGACUGAGACUCCAACGACUGCAGAGGAACAACAAGCUGCUGCUGCUUCUUCUUCCAGAAGUUUCUUCAAUCCAUGAAUCCUGAAAGCGUGUGACGGUGGAGCAGCAGUGAGUGGAACAGAUGAAGAUGGCUUCCACUGAGAAGCAGCAGAUAAAAGUGGAGUCUUCAACGUCCAGCUGUGUGUCCAUGAGGAGUGACCAGUCCAGAGACAACAAUCCAUUCUUCAGUUCUGAGGAUGAACAACAAAAACGUCUGCAGCUCAAACAGAGAGUCCAGUCUUCAACGUCCAGCUCUGUGUCCAUGAGGAGUGACCAGUCUAGAGACAACAAUCCAUUCUUCGGUUCUGAAGAUGAACACCAAAGAGGUCAGCAGCUCAACCAGAGAGUCCAGUCUUCAGCUUCCAGCUGUGUGUCCAUGAGGAGUGACCAGUCCAGAGACAACAAUCCAUUCUUCAGUUCUGAGAAUGAACAGCAAAAAGGUCAGCAGCUCAACCAGAGGGUCCAGUCUUCAGCGUCCAGUUUUGUGUCCAUGAGGAGUGACCAGUCCAGAGACAACAAUCCAUUCUUCAGUUCUGAAAAUGAUCAACAAAGAGGUCAACAGCUCAACCAGAGAGUCCAGUCUUCAGCGUCCAGCUGUUUGUCCAUGAGGAGUGACCAGUCCAGAGACAACAAUCCAUUCUUCAGUUCUGAGGAAGAACAACAAAAUUCCAGAGGUAGAGGUGGACUACAGACCAUCAGCCAGAGCAGAACUGUUCAAGAUGUUGAUCUGCAGGAGAAUUUAGAUGAACAUCAAGUCAGUGUGAAGAGAAGGUCUGAAUAUGUGACUAAAGGAACCAAUGAAACAGGGCAAGAAACUCCCCUCAACAGAAUCUACACUGAGCUCUACAUCACAGAGGGACUGAGAGAAGAAGUUCAUAUCCACCAUGAGGUGAAGCAGCUGGAGAGAGUCUCCAAGAUCCUUCAUGAUGUUCCAAUCAGGUGUCAGGAAAUCUUCAAAGCCCUAACUGACCAACAUGGAUCCAUCAGAGUGGUUCUGACCAUUGGCGUUGCUGGAAUUGGGAAAACCUUCUCAGUGCAGAAGUUCACUCUGGACUGGGCCGAGGGCUUGGAGAACCAAGACAUCAGUGCAGUGGUUCCUCUGUCAUUCAGGGAGAUGAACUUGAUCAGAGAUGAGCAGCACAGUCUUCUCACUCUCAUCCAACGUUUCCAUCCAACCUUCCAGAAGAUCCCAGCAGAGCAGCUGUCUGUCUGUAAACUUCUCUUCAUCUUUGAUGGUCUGGAUGAAAGCAGACUUUCUCUGGACUUCAACAGCAGUCAGGUGGUGUCUGAUGUCACUCAGAAGUCAUCAAUCAAUGUUCUUCUGACAAACCUCAUCCAGGGACAUCUGCUUCCCUCAGCUCUGGUCUGGAUCACCUCCAGACCUGCAGCAGCCAAUCAGAUCCCUCAUUCAUGUGUGGACAGACUGACAGAAGUACGAGGCUUCACUGACUCCCAGAAGGAGGAGUACUUCAGGAAGAGAUUCAGUGAUGAAGAUCUGUCCAGCAGAAUCAUCUCCCACAUCAAGGCCUCCAAGAGUCUCUUCAUCAUGUGUGGAGUUCCAGUCUUCUGCUGGAUCACUGCUUUGGUUCUAGAGCACAUAUUCACCGCAAAACAGACAGGGGAGCUUCCAAAGACUCUCACUGACAUGUACUCCCACUUUCUGAUGGUCCAGACAAAGAGGAAGAAGAACAAAUACCAGCAGAAACAUGAGGAGAAUCCACAGGAGCUGACAGAGGCUGACAUGGAAGUUCUUCUGAAGCUGGGGAGGCUGGCAUUUGAACAUCUGGAGAAAGGAAACAUCAUGUUCUACCAAGAAGACCUGGAGCAGUGUGGUCUGGAUGUCACAGAGGCUUCUUUGUACUCUGGAGUUUGUACUGAGAUCUUCAGAAGAGAGUGUGAGAUCUUCCAGAAACCAGUCUACAGCUUUGUCCAUCUGAGUGUUCAGGAGUUUCUGGCUGCAGUUUACAUGAUCCACUGUUACAACAACAAGAAGACAGAGGUGGUAGAGAACUUCCUGGAGGAUAAAACAGAAAACUCAUCUUUAAAAGAUUUUCUGGACAAAUUCAUGAAGAAAUCCCUGCAUAGUCCAACUGGUCACCUAGAUCUGUUUGUUCGUUUCCUUUAUGGCCUCACAAUAGAGUCCAACCAGAGAGUCUUAGGAAGCCUUUUGAGUCAGACAGAGGCGAAUCCAGAAACCAUCCAGACAGUCACUGACUACCUCAAAGGACUAGGAACAUGCAAAUUAUCUCCCGACAGAAGCAUCAAUGUCUUCCACUGUCUGUUGGAGAUGAGGGAUCUCUCAGUUUAUCAGGAGAUCCAAGAGUUCCUGAAGUCAGGGAACACAUCAGUCAAGAACCUCUCAGACAUCAACUGUUCUGCUCUUGUCUACAUACUGCAAAUUUCAGAGGAGGUGCUUGAUCAGUUGGACCUGCACAAGUUAACAACAAACGCUUCAGGUUGUUUAAGACUAAUGCCAGCAGUGAGGAACUGCAGAAAGUUUCGGUUUCAGACAAGACCAAUGAUGGAAUUAGUACGCCACAUAAGCCCAGAUUAUCCUGAGCCACCUGAGAUUCAUUGGAAUAUUGUGGCCUCGGCUCUAAAGUCCAACCCGUCCCAUCUGACGGAACUGGAUCUGAGUGGAAGCAAUCUGCCUGAUAUAGCAGUAAAGUUACUGUGUGAAGGAAUGGAGAGUCCAAACUGCAAACUGGAAAUACUGAGGUUGAGGGACUGUCGUUUAUCAAAGAUCAGCUGUGAGGUUCUGACCUCAACUCUGACGUCCAACCCGUCCCAUCUGACAGAACUGGACCUGCGUGAAAAUAAUCUGCAGCGAUCAGAUGUUCAGCAGCUCCUGGAUCUGUUACAAAGUCCAGACAGCAAACUGCUGACUUUCAGGUGGCUCUGAUGGUCCAUCGGGUGAAGAAGUAGCCGUUUGUCUCCAGAUAUUCUGGACUUUGCUACUGAAGGAGGAGAGGAGAGUGAUGGAGGAGUCAGAGAGCUGGAAAUGACUUCAGAAGCUCCAGACACGCGUGCAAAAGCACCAUUCUCAUUGGUCGAAUAGAUU